AUGUCACAAAGUCUUGAGUUCUUAGAGAACAAAUGUGAGCGCUGGAUGAAACAACAGUAUGUAAGAUAUGCACUGGGGAUCAAGCUCUAUGAACGAAGGACUACGCGUGAUACCAGCGGACGGUUUAAUCGAUCGAUGAUAGCAAAGUUAUGGACUCGCACGGCAUUAGCAGUGAAUAUACCAGUACCACCCGUACCAGGAGUGUUCGUGCAAACGUGGGAUUUCGGAACUCUUUUGAAUGGAACUGAUACCAGUACCACUUGCACAAGUGCAGGCCUUCCCGCCUACCAAAUUAUUAUUCCAGUGUCAGAGGUCUUCUGGGACCCUCCAAUUGUGAGGGGAGUUCCAGUUAUAGGGACACAUUUUGCCACAAGCCCGGCUGCUGUCACUGCCACUCAUUUUACGGUUGAUUUAUAUUUGAUUCAGCAGGCAGCCCUAGAUGCAGAGAGGUAA